AUGAAUACUGAAAGUACUUCAAUUGAUAACCAAGAAGAAAUAUCACCUUCUAAUGAUUCUAAUGAAUCUUUACCGCAAGAAAAUAUUCCACCUACUGAACUGCAAACCAACAACAAUGAUGAAGAACAAACUGAUAAUCCAGAGGAAAAUACAGAAAUUUACAAAUCGGAAGAUAAUAAAGAUGAAGAGGCUAUGAAGAAGUUAGCAUCUGAAGAAGGUGCAGUAGAAUCAUCAAAGGAAAGUAGUCAAAAUGAUCAACAUAAACAAGAAGUAAAUGAUGAUGACGCUUAUGAUGAUGCUGAUGCUGAUGUUGAUGAACAUAGUCAAAAUUAUGCUAUAAAGCCAAAUGAACAACCAAAAAAAAUUAUUGAUCCUGAGUUAUAUUACAACAUUAAUGAAUAUAUUGCUCGACCAAUUAUCACUGAAGAUUCUGGUAUACCAGAGAAUCUAUUAAAUGUUUAUCAUCAAUUCGGUAUGGAUGUAUCACGUAGAGAAAAUUUACAAUUACUUAAGAAUAAUAUUCUCUGUCAUAUAUAUGGUAAUUACUUACAAAUAAUGAAUACUGAUACACAUGAAAAAAUUACAAUACGUUCAAUUAGUGGUAUUGGUAUUGGUGCAUUUUCUGUCCACCCUGAGCGUAAGUAUAUAGCAAUAGCUGAGAAAGGUGAAUUUCCAUAUGUUUGUAUUUAUCAGUAUCCUGAAAUAAAAUUGUAUCGUCUAUUAAAAGAAGGUACACAAGCUGUUUAUUCUGCUUGCCAAUUUAGCCCAGACGGUGAAAUGAUAGCUACAGUCGGUUCUGAUCCUGACUAUAUGCUGACUUUAUGGGAAUGGAGAAGUGAACAGAUUAUCUUGAGAGCUAAAGCUUUUUCACAAGAUAUUUAUCGAGUUGCAUGGUCAACUGAUUUAUAUGGUGUUCUAACUACGGCUGGUGUUGGACAUAUAAGAUUUUGGAAAAUGGCAAAUACAUUUACAGGUCUUAAACUUCAAGGGAAAUUGGGAAAAUUUGGUAAAGUUGAAUUAUCAGAUAUUGAAGGAUUUGUAACACUACCGGAUGGAAAAGUUUUGACAGGUUCUGCUUGGGGUAAUCUACUUGUUUGGGAAGGUGAAUUAAUUAAAGUACAAAUUUCACGUAAAGGCAAACGAUCCUGUCAUAAUGGACAUAUCAUGCAAAUUGUUGUGGAUGAAGGAGAGUUAUUAACAGUUGGGCAGGAUGGAUGGAUAAGAACAUGGGAUUUUGAAACAAUCGAUACAGCAGAAUGUUCAGAAGAAGGUGCUUUGUAUGAAUUAGAACCAAUGAAUGAGUUACGUGUUGGAACAAAAUCUCGUCUAAUGCAUAUUAUUAAAAUCCCAAUACCUGAUUCAACUAUGUGGUAUGCUCAAGAUUCUGAUGGAGGUAUUUGGAAACUAGAUUUAUCAUUUUCUCAUACAUCGUUGGCACCAGAACUUUUAGAAGAAUUUCAUGCAAAUGAUAUUGUCGACUGUGUAACAUCUCCAUUCACAUAUUGUGCAGCUACAGUUGGUCUAGAUGGAAAAGUUUGCAUCUACGAUAUUGUUCAGAAACAAGUUAUCGUUGAACGACGAUUCCCGUCUAGCGGUUCAUCACUAGUUUGGAGUCCUCCACAGGUUGAUCCGAAAGGGAAACUUUUAGUUGUUGGACAUCAAGAUGGUGUUCUACGUGUGCUAAAAUUUGGUAAAAAUCCUGAAGAAUUGACAAGAAGAACAAAAAGUUCUGCUUUGUUAGAUCUUGGACAAGCACUCAAACCGCAUAAAAUGGCAAUUACAUCGAUGAUUUAUAGUCCUUCAGGAAAAAUGUUUAUAACUGGUAGUAAAGACGAGACUAUCUUCUUUUUCAAUGUAUAUCCUACUCAUUUAUCUCCAAUCGGUUUUGUCCAUGUCCAUGAGAAAGUUGUACGCUUAGAAUGGUUUUAUGUUAACGGUAAAGCAACAAAUGAAAUUGUAGUUUACUUAGAGAAUGGCUGCGUAAUAACGGUGGUAUGUCCAUCUGAAAAUGAAAAAUAUAAUCAUUCAAAAACUUUUACUCUAUCAGAUAUUCAAACAACACGAUCAUAUCAACUGAUGAGUAUUAAAUCACGUUUAGAUCAUGAAGAAGAUGCUGAAAUUAAACUGGCAAAAUAUGAAAAAGAGAAAGAGGCUAGGCAGGAAAUCAGGCGAAUGAAUGCACGUCUUCAACCGGAGACUGAUGAAGAAAAACAAAAACUAGAUGAUGAAGAGGAAGCUAUACGUCAAGGUGUUAUGUCGGAAAUCGCUGACUGGGCGCCAACAUAUCCAUCACACCCCUCUCCACUACUCUAUGGCUGUUUGGACCGAAAUGAACCAAAUAACUUUUGGAUGUCACUUGGUGAAUUUGAUAAAGGCUAUUUAUAUAAAUGUGAAUUAGGUGGUCCCGUUCUAAAAGUUGAUGAAACUAUAGAAAAACUGCGUAAAGAAAAAGCGGAAUUGAAAAAACAAAAUCAAAUUAAACAUGAUAUUGAAGAUAAAAAUGAUGCAGAACAGUGUGAUGAUAAAACUGAAUCAAAUGAUCAAGAAAGCGAGGAAGAAAGUGUUGAAGUAAUAGAUUCAAAUAGUUUAACACUAGCAGACCGAAUAAUCGCAACUGAGCCAACUAAAGCAGUUCGAAUACCAGAUACAAAGGAUACAUGUGUUACAUAUUGGACAUUUUCUAAUUCUGGUUAUCGUGUUUUAAUCGGCUUCAAUGAUGGUGUAAUUCGUGUACAAUUGUUAGAAAAACCAUUUGAUUUCACUAGCUUCAAAGGAUUCUGGAUGUUUCGACUACACGAUAAUCAACGUGGACGUAUUAACCGUAUAGUACUUACCUAUGAUGAAAAAUUUCUACUGAGUGCUGCAAGUGAUGGGACAUUGUUUGUCUGUGAAUUGAUGACAGAAGAAUUGCAAGAUAAAGAAAUUAAAGAAUAUAGAGCACGGAUUCCGUCAACAUUCGAUACGAGUAAAAGUGUAGACGAUAUUACAGAUCCAAAAGCUUACAGCAUUGAAGAAUCCAAACAGAAAUCAGAAUAUGAUCGCCUUCUAGAGUUAGCAGAACAAAAGAAAGCUGAAACACGACGUAAAUUGAUUGAACUAAGAAGGCAUUUUAAAAAAUUGAAGGACAAAAAUGAACGUCUACCAGAAAAGAUUCGUCUACCCAUCUCGGAAUUUAAUUUGGUCCCAGAAAUUCGAAAUGAUUUAUUCAGAGAUCGUAAAGCUGAAAUUGAUUUGGUGUAUAGAGAAACAGCUUGGGAGACGGAAAGAAAUCGAUUGGCACUUGAAAAAUUAGAUACUGCAUUUAGAAAACCAUUAGACUUUGAUCGUGUCACUGUCAAAGCAUUCUGUAGUGCUCAUUUUGUAUCAUCAAUACGUGCAAAUAAAUUGAGUGAAGAGCAUUUAAAAGCAAAUUAUGAAAUCAAUAAAAUAAGACAACAAUCAUUAGCAGAUGAAGCAAUGAAACAACGUUUUACACAAGGAGAUGCAAAUGUGAAUGUGGAAAGUGAACCUGAAAAGGUUAAAAGUGAUACAGAACAAACUCAGGCUCCAGUAAAAGGAGCACGUGGGUUAAGAGUUGCUCAAAAGUUACAUGUACUUGAACAGGCCAGACAAAGGAGAGCUGCUCGUCGAGCACAGUGGGAACAAUUGCAAUCAAUGAAACCAGCUGAUAACUAUGAAGAUCCAAAAGAUGUUGAAGCUAUUCGACUGGCUCAAGAGCAAAUGGGUGAUUAUAAACUGAAAUCAGCUACUAAUUAUGUAAUACCAGAAAGUAUGAAAUUGAAUACGUUUGGCGCUAAAUAUAGGCUUCUUAGUACUGUAGAACAAGUGUUCAAUUUACGCCAUGAAUUCAAUGUUUCAAUAUUAGCUUUACGUGAUAAAAAAAUGUUAAUAUUAAUGAAUUGUGAUUUACCACCAAAAGAAUUUGGAAUACGUUUACACAUUGAUGAACUUGAUAUCGAAGAAAAUCCAGAAAAAAAAUUUUCAUACGACAAUGAAAUUCUGCUCAGUUUUAAAAACCAACUAGAAGAAGAGGAAAAAUCAAAGAGACAAAAUGAAAAAAGUUACUUUGGUGCACCGACAACAUUAAAGAAGCCUUUGUCAAAACCACUAUCAUAUACUGAGUCUAUAUUACCCGCAGAAAGAUACAGUCGAGGUGAACCAACCAUCACUAGUGAAUUCAGUGAGAAUAUUAAUGGAAUGCGAACAACUAUCUGGUUUCCAUUGCAUUAUUUAACCUUAAAGCAUUAUGAAAUUCUACUAACGAACAAUUCAUAUCAAAUACUUCCAAACAUAAAUUUACGUCAAGAUAAUAAAUUUAAUGAGAUUUCAAUAAGCCAGCCAUUUGGUAGUACAACAACAGAAACACAACAGAUAGAUCAAAGAGAACAAAUUCAAGACAUUAAUAAUUUUGUUAAAAUUUCAAUCUACCAACCAUUUAGACCUGAUAAAGUUAAUUCAUGUCUCACUACAAAAGAUAUCAAUGAAUUGGUGGAUGAAAGUGAAUUAAUUGAUGCACGGAAAGGCCUAUCAUCUAAUCUAAUUGAAAAGGAUACAAAUUCAAAUGAAAAUAUUGUUCUCAGUCGAAGUAAUCGUAAUUACAAUACUUCACCAUUGACAUGUUUAGAAGUUGAACAACAAAAACAAAAGUAUAUUAGAGCUAUAUAUCAAAGAGAUAUGCUGUUGACUACAGCUAGUCGACUUGUUCGUUGUUUUGAUGCAGAAGUUCGUCUACUGCGACAUACACGUUUUAAGCUAGAUGUAAUGUUGAAAAAAGCUGAAAUUCAUCAACUCACACUAUAUCAUGAAUUUCGUUUACUGAAAGAAUUUGAAAAAUCUGAACAUAUUUUAACUGAGAAAAAGAAAAAUAGAACAGAAGAAAAACAAGAAAUAUGUCACAAGGUGAAUGAAGUAACUUUUAAAAUUGAACAAAAGAGGAAAGAAUUAGAACGUCUUACUCAACGUGAACAUCAAAUACACGAAGAGUUUAAAGCAAGUUUAGGUGAUUCACAUAAAUUUGCUGAAUUCCUUACAAAAGUAUUUAAAAAACGUAUUAAACGAAAAAAACAAGAAGUUUUUCAUUCAGGUUCGGAAGAAUCGGAAGAAGAAUCAUCAUCAGAUGAUUCAAGUUUUGAUGAAUCAGAGGAUGAAAGUGGUACUGAAGAUGUAAAUAUAAUGGAUUUAGAUACAUGUCCACCUGGAUGUCCAAUGGAGGAUUUUGAGCGUACCUGUUCAAUUAGAGAGAAACGUUUAGAUAUUGAAGAAGAAAUGACAGAGGAGAAGAAAACUCUAGAAAUAUUACGUAAAGAUUUAGAAACGUUUACUAAGAAACAACGUGUUAUUGAAACAGCACUAAAACAAGCUAAAAAUGAACUAGAAGCUUUUCAGUUAGAAAAACAGCGCAAAUUAAAUGAAUUAGAAAUUAUUGUAAUUCUACGCUUAGACCAAAUCCAUUAUUAUGCAAAUCAAACUGUCCCAUCUGAGAUGACAAAUGGAUUAAUAUUUUUAAGACAUACUUUACAUGCUCUACGUAAGCGUAUCAGAGAAUUAGAAGACGAAAAGAAGCAACAACGUGUUGAAAGAAAACAAGCAAAAACCCGUCAUAUAAUGUUACAAAAACAUAAAAAACUAUUUCAGGCAGAAAUACGUGAUGCUCGAGAUGUAUGCAUGGGUCAAGUACGUCAGAAUACAGUUUACUUGACACAACUACUAAUGCUUUUCAAUGAACAUCAACAGUUGCAGAAGGAACUUAAUAAAACCCAAGGAAGUAAAAUCGGAACAAUGCAUAGUACGUCUAGUUUUGUGGAUCCAAAACAAUUAAAACAACUUGUUCAAUUGAUAAAGUUACAGAAUGAAGAAAUCAAUGCGUUGACAAAAGAAAUUCAACAACUUUCACAAUGAAUUAUUUCACUGUCCAUGUCUGUUGAUUUCUAGCUCUUUUGUAUGCAUUGCCAGGCUCACCAUCGCUUCAUGCUUAUAUGAAUCAAUAUACAGUGAUGUGUAUUCAAACAAGGUGUCUAUCCUCACAUGAUUUACACUUAUUAAUAUUAUCAUUAUCAUUGUUUUCAUUGUUGCUACUGUUCCU